AUGACCGCUCAGCCACAUCCCCUCAAUACCGACCCUGAACGGCUGCUCUUCGCAUACUGGGUACCCAAUGUCUCAGGCGGUCUGAUCAUUAGCAAGAUCCCGCAGAGGACAAACUGGGACCUGGCUAGCAACGUCAGAUAUGCCAAGGCGGCUGAACAAGCUGGUAUCGAAUAUGGCUUGACGCAAAUUCGCUUCACUUCUGGAUACGGUGCUGCAAACCAACACGAAUCUGUGUCCUUCUCGCAAGCAAUUCUCCAAGCAACAGACACAGUCAAGAUCAUUGCUGCUAUCCUGCCCGGGCCCUGGAACCCUACGACGGUGGCGAAGCAGAUCGCCAGUAUCGACCACUAUAGCAAUGGCCGCGUUGCCGUGAAUAUUGUGAGCGGCUGGUUUAAGAGCGAGUUUACAGCCAUUGGUGAGUGGUGGCUGGACCAUGCCGAGCGCUAUCGUCGCAGCAACGAGUUCAUUCGCUGUCUCAAGGGCAUCUGGACCGCGCCCGAGGACAUGGGCUUCACCUUUGGCGGCGACUUUUACCGGUACAGGAACUAUGUGCUCAACCCUAAGCCUGUUCAAAAGCCCCAUCCAGAGAUCUUCCAGGGCGGCAACAGCGAUGACGCCAGGAACAAUGGCGCCGAGGUCAGUGACUGGUACUUCAUGAACGGCAACGACCUCGACGGUUUCCGCACCCAGAUUGCGGACGUCAAGGCCCGCGCGGCAAAGGUCGGUCGCGAAGACCAAGUUCGCUUCGCCGUAAACGGCUUCGUCAUCGUUCGUGAGACCGAAGAAGAGGCCGUUCGCGUGUUGCAGGAGAUCCAGGGCAAGGCCGACAAGGAGGCCGUUGAAGCGUUCCGGGCCUCCGUUCAGGAAGCAGGCGCCAGCACAUCCAACAAAAAGGGCAUGUGGGCUGACAGCAAGUUUGAUGACUUGGUACAGUACAACGAUGGCUUUAAGACAAAGCUUAUCGGUACUAAGGAGCAGGUUGCCGAGCGAAUCGUCUUGUUGAAGAGUUUGGGUGUCAACCUAGUGCUCACUGCUUUCUUGCACUACGAUGAAGAGAUUGAGCAAUUUGGACGCGAAGUUCUGCCUCUAGUAAGGCAAUUUGAAAAGGAGGGUCGUGGCAAGGACGCCAACUUUGAGAUUGAGAGAACUGGAGACGUUUACCGUAAGAAAUAG